CCCGAAACUUGGAGGUUUUAGGUUUCAAGGAAAGCUUGUAUCCCCGUACAUUCCCACGGACAUUCACCUUCUCCCUCUCUUCCCUCCCUGGAGCGAAUCCACGAAGCGAUGGCGGGUCAGUGCGGCCUCAAACUCGCCGUCAGCCUUAUCACCACCCACUUCGGCGAUCUCGUCGCCAAGGUAUGCAGCUGCCUCCUCCACCGCGGGACCCUAACCCUUCAAGAAAUCAUCCGAUUCACCGAGCUCUCCUCCUCGCAGGUCAAGAACUGCCUCCUCGUCCUCAUCCAGCACAACUGCGUCCAGGCCUUCUCCACUCCCAGACCGGCCGGGCCGGGAGGUGUGACCAAGGCGGUGACCCAAUACAUGGCCCUCUUCGACAACAUCCUACAUCGAAUGCGCUUCGCCAAGUUCUUGGCUGUCGUGAGGGACGACCUUGGUCCCCGGUGUGAAAUUCUUCUUGCGGGUUUACUCCAGAAUGGUAGGCUUACUUUCGGACAGCUCGUAGAACGAGCGAGCUCGAAUAAACCUGAAGUAAGUGCAAGUAUGCGGGAAGGGCUGCGAGCAAACUUCAAUAGGCUUGUAAGUUCACGCUAUGUGGAGCGUUGUCCAAGACCUGAACCCUUCAUUGAUCCAUCUCCACAGGAGGAAACUAGGUCAACAAGAAAACGCAGUGCUAAGACUAGUGAAGAAAUGCUUUCUGUAGAACAACAAGCUAUGGUAGCCGCAGCCCUUUCGGAUGCUGAAAGGUUUUCUGAAAUUACAGACACUUCUACAGAGAAUAUAGAAGUAAAAGCUACCGAUCACGAUCCAGAUGUCUCCGUUGGCGAUAAGCGCAAGUAUGGGGUUCUCGAGAUGGAUCAAGAGGUUCAAGCUGUGAUUGCUGAGAAUGAAGUACUUUGGCGGGCAAAUUUUGAGAAAUUUUUACUUUGCCUUAAGAAGAAGGCUUGUGUUGCACAUGUGAGAUCAAAACUUGGUCUUGAUGCUGGUGUUGUAUUGGAAGCAAUGAUUGAAUCAAGUGGUCAACAAAAAGCUAAAGAUGAGACUCCUGUUAGAGCAACAAUGGAUAGCAUUCUAGAAGGGGUGAGAGCAAAGCCUGGAGGGAUCUCUAUGACAUUGGAACAUAUUAGAGUAAUCCUGGACCAACUUCGUUGUCAAUCAUGCAAUUGGGGUGGAGGAGCAUCGUACAGUAUCGAUUUGAAAAGCAUCAUAGAUACUUGUCAGAAUGACGAGGUAGAGGCACUUGUCUUGACAAGAUUUGGAAAAGAGACAUAUAGGAUAUUCAGGUUGUUGAUUAAGAAUGGACAUCCAUUUGAGACUGAUCGUAUUGCAGAUAUUGCAUUUGUUGAGAAGAAGGAAGCCCAAGGAAUUUUGUAUAAGCUUUGGAAGGAUGAAUACUUAGAUAUGGAGAAAGUUGUUUCACAUGCAGCUGGACAGAAAGAACUUUUCUUGUGGAAAGUGAAAAAAGAUGCACUUUGGGAACAUGUCCUAAAUGAUUUGUACCAUGCUGCCUUAAAUUUGAGUCAAAAGAUUGCUCACCUUGUUGAACAGGAGCAUGAGGUUUCGCAGCGCAGGGAAAAACCUGAACAACUGAGGAACAGUAGGAUGAUCUUGGAGUUAUCCCUUUUGAAGCUUGAUGAUGCUCUUAUGCUUUUCCAUGACUUCUAACAGUAUUGCAGGGUACCAUCUGUGAAUGGAGUGCCAGUUUUUCCAACAUUUGGUGCUGUAACACCCAAUGGAGAACAAUGCUGGAUCUAUUUAUUCUUUUCCAUUCUAUCCAACACGUUGGAGCACCGUCAAUUAUCUUAGAGCAUGGUGGAGCAAUGUGCCCUGACGGUAUUAAUUUUUGUUCAUAAAUGCUUGCCUAAAUUAAAUGUUUGAAAAUUAUUAUCAAGAUCAUCAUUCGGUUGAUAUAUUGAUGUCUUUUCGUGUAUUCUAAUGGCAUUGGGGUGCCAGGUUGCUCGCUAGCUGCUGUAUUCUCUACACACCAUGAAUAAGCCUCAUCCCACCAGUUUAAGGUUUAAUCAAGUUU